UAGUUCCAAUCGGGCGUUUGCGAGCGUAGGAUGGUACGGACGGUCUAUAGCAGUUUGAGUCUUAACAUUUUUUGCACGAGUUUUUUCCUUACGUAUUUAUUCAUUGACAAAAACUCAAGCUGCGCUCUGUAUUUGUGUUUGUGAAUAUGUGCGUUUGUAAGGCCGCCUUUUGCGUGUAUUGUGCUGGAGUGUGUGUCUGAGCAGCGUUGGCUCUGGAUUACUUUGCAAAAUAUAUUUCUCACAAUUAUGAUAAAUUGUUCAACAGCUUCAUAAUAACAAAAUAGCACAACUACAUACAAAAAUAGAUCCUUUUUGAAAAAGAUCAAGUAAUAUACCUUUCGAUAAGAUUGAUCGACCAUAGGGGGCGCUGCAACUGCAACCAAUAGGGUGGAACAACAGUCAAGCUUAAGAACCGUUACGUGUAAGCAAAAUGGCCACGACUGCGGCUGCCGUAGCAGCCACCAGUGUUGUUGUAUUGGAUCGUGGCAAUAAUACGACAUGCACAAUCAACUUGCAUGGUGCGACUGUUGUGUCUUGGCGUGUUAAUAAUCAGGAGCAGUUGUUUGUUAGCAAGUUGGCAUCGUUUGAUGGUAAAAAGGCUAUACGUGGAGGUAUACCGUUUGUUUUUCCACAAUUUGGACCCUGGUCCUUUGGUCCACAGCACGGCUUUGCAAGAAUCACACGCUGGCAUUUGGAUCGAGCCCCAGAACGACUGCACAAUGGCGAUGUGGAGGCAAUAUUUUCGCUGUUGGACAAUGAGUUUACGCGUUCUAUAUGGAACUAUCAAUUUCGGAUAACCUAUCGCUUGAUUCUGCGUGAAAAGGAACUACACUUUCACAUCGGCGUUUAUAAUCCUAGCAAAGAUCUGAGUUUCACAUUCAACAUGUUGUUGCACACCUAUCUAAAAGUUCCAGAUGUUCGACGAUGUCAGAUAACUGGACUUCAGGGCUGCCACUUUAUAGACAAGACACGCGAGGGCGCUCUGUAUCAGGAGGGUCGUGAGGUGGUCACUGUUAACGAGUGGACAGAUCGCAUCUAUCAGCAUACGCCACAGGAGCAUGUAAUAACGAAUGUAGUAUCUGGGCGUAAGAUGAGGCUGCACAAAUAUAAUUUCCCAGAUACAGUUAUUUGGAAUCCGUGGAUCGAUCGGUCGCGAGAAAUGAGCGACUUUGGUGACGAUGAGUUUCCCAAUAUGCUAUGCGUAGAGGCUGGCAAUGUCAGCUCCCCAGUCAUAUUGCUUCCGGGCACUUGCUUUGAAGCCAGCCAGAUACUACAGCAAUUUAAGUGUCCCUAUAAUUUGGUACUGCCCAAGAAAAAACCUCAGAGAAAACUAAAAUGAUUGCGUAAAAUCUUAAUUGAAUCUAUUAUACUUUAACUAUAUCUAUCCAGAUUAUCAUCGAAGGAAAUGUCAGCCGUAAGACCAAACGGAAUCGCUAGCGUUUAAGGAAUCGGAACCCGCUGAGGUGAACCGAUUCGUACACCAUUCAUUGAGAUCGUCCACAAAAUAAGCAGAAAGUCAGGAAGAAUUAGGAACACUUUGUCAGUUGAUUAUAAGUGAAUAAUUUAAGUUACUAUCCCUAUAACUAGCGCACAAUAAAACCCCAUUCCCUCAAAAAAAAAAAAAAAAAAAAAAAAAAAAAAAAAUAAAAAUAAAAAUAAUAAAAGGAGUGCUGUUAAAGCAGAACUAUGGUAAAUGCUCAAAUUGAGAAUGCGGUUCGUGUCGUCCCCCAAGCUAAAGAAAAAUAAUACUUAAAUACAUAUUAAAUUGUGCAUUAACUAAACUAAACUAAAUUAGCACUAGCCUCACAUAGUACAUGUGUAUACGAUACGAUACGAUCUACAUAUAUUUUAUAGCCUAGAUUUAAAAUCAUCUCUGUGUAAAAUACUAAAAAAUUGAGAGAAAUAAAAAGUUGAAUACAUUAACAA